UAUGUUUUCAGCUUUCCGAUUCAGAAAGUUUAAAAAAUGAAGUCCUGAUGCUUAGUUGCAUUUUCCUUCGUUUCAGUUCUAGUUGAAGACCUGUUACUUAGAACCUGUCUUUCUUUUCCUUGUUUGUUUAUUUUCUCCAUCUGGGCACUGGUUAUGGUAGUGAUUAACUUUAACAUUUCUUCCUCUGUGCUUUGCUAAUUUUUCCUCUUGAUUUUCCCUUUUUCUUUUCUUAAAGCUUCUAUGCGACCCAUAUUGCUAUUUGUCGGUGACUUUGCUUCCAGCAUCUUCUUUAGUGUAGCUAUGCCCUGCCGCGUUCUUUUUCUUCAUGAAAACCCGGCCCCUACGUUUUCUAGUUAACAUCAUACUUCCGAAGAAAUGGAAAAUAUGGGGAAAAUGCUCAUUUCAUAAGUUCUUGUGGCGAUGAAUUUUCAAAGACCUCUUGGUUGGUACUCAGGUUAGAAGUCACGACCCAGGUAAAAUGGAAGGACAAAAUGGCUGCAACAACUCUGUACAAAUUCUCUCAGUGAAACUUGGUGCGAAUGUCAACAUUGUUUCCCGUGUACCAGGAGAUUGUACAAACCAUCACCAUGUUUUACCUGCUGAUAGGAGUGUAAACCAAACCAACUUCCCCCUCUUAACUGAGUGGACACAAAAUGUGAAAACAACUCCCACCUUUGUUGAGUUUAUUGCUGAAACUUCAAACUUUUCUAGAAAGGCGUCUACCAAAGAGAUGUUAGCAAACGUUCCUUUCAGUACUAUUGAAGCUGUUGAUGGAGUCUCUGAGAUUCAUGGAGAAUUUUCAUACAAUCAUCCCACAGGUUCAGACAGUUCGAAACCUACCGAUUCACGCAAGAACAAGGCACCAGGUAUACUAUCCAAACCACGUUCCAGUUCAUCAAGUCGAAGAGGCUAUUCAACUGAUCGCCAACGCAGGAUAAGGAUAGCUGAAAGACUUGAAGCAUUGCAGGAACUUCUUCCUCAGUCUUCAAAGGGAAAUCAAGCAUCUGUUUUGGAUGAUGUUAUUGACCACGUAAAGCACUUACAGCUUCAAAUAAAGGACUUGAGUCAGAGCAAACUAGGAGGAGAAUCAUCUUCUGAGCCUUUUAGAUUCGUUGAGGGAUAUGGUCACUACAUGAGCCAUCAAGAGAUGCAGGGCGAACCACUUGAGGAGAUGGUGGGAAAACUGCUGGAAGUUGACCCGUCAGCUGCAGCUCAGCUACUGGAGAACAAGGGCCUGUUUUUGAUGCCCAUGGAUUUUGCUGAAGGAUCAUGCUGAACCGUAUAAUCAACCUGAACAUUCUUAUCAUCUUAUGUGCAACAAUUCUGCUUCUGCUUUAUUAAGUAUGUAGGCCUUGUUAAUGAACCGAAAGAACAGGUACCAGGUACGGCCUUGGUAACACUGAAAAAAAAUAGUUAUGUUGAUCUGUAGCAUCCAGUUGAAGUUGGAAAAGACCAUGCAAGUGAGAUGGAGGAAUAUCAUAGCAAUGUAGUUUUUGACACUCCAUUUAUUAUCUCUUA